GUUCUGAGUGGUGAUGUGGAUGAUUGUUGAUAUGAUCGUCUCGGCUGCAAUGCUUUUGAUAAUGUUUGCUACGUGCAACAAAAGGCAUACAGCUGGCAAGAACAAAGUUGACUCAAAAACGACCGCAAAAGCUGCAGAAAAAAAUCACAGUAAAAGAAAGAAAAAGGAUUUGCAAACAGGAGUAGCAACAGCUCAGUCUCAUGAAGGAAUGAGAAGGGGGGCACCUUUGAUUGAAAGUGAACAAGAAGACGACAAUACUACUAAGCAUUUGAGUGGUCGAGAAUCUGAACAGGACGGAACGUAUGAGGAUGUUGAUAUAAACUCACCGGCUGCAAAAACUAGAUGCAAGCCUUCAAGGAGAAGAUCAGCGAAAUGCAAAAGCAAAAGUGGCGCUAAGAAUUUGAACAAAGGGACGAAGAAGCCUAAGUCGAAAGAGAAUGUUCCUAUAGAAAGAAAGACGACACCAGCUGAAGAUAGAAAGACCUCUACGUCGCAUGGGACAAAUGAUGGGAAUGAACCAAAAACAGCCACUGCGGAUAGUCCAGUAAAGCAGAUAAAAGCUCUAAGAAAGCUGAACAUGCUCCUCAGACCGAAGAAGAGCGAUCCUCAACGUACAAAAUUAACUACAUUACCUACGCAAGAAGAGUCGGAUCAGGUACCAGGAGUACUUGGCACAGAAGGACAAGUACCUCUGCAAUCCCUUACACUAAAUAAAACCAGCACACAGCGUUCUGAAAUGGUGCAAGGAGAGCAGUUGGAGCAUCUGUCUACUCGGACUGAAAGUCGUUCACAUGCAACUCAACGAACCAAAACUUUGCUUGAGGGCACUUUGCCACUAGCACCCACAAUUAGAGUAAACGAGUAG